AUUUGCAAAAUAAUGAAUUUGAUCAACUCUUGCAAAUUAAAGAACUCGAAAAGUUAAUGGCAAGAGUGAAAAUUAUAGUCGGAACUUUAUUUGUAACAGAAAAGGCGUAUUGUAGCUGAGUUGAGAAUCAGCAUCAGAAUUGAGUUCCAUCCAACUUGAUUGCAUUGCUUAAACUUAUACAAACACAGCUUUUUCCAAUUCUUUUUCUAUAACAGAAAAAGCUCUCAAAUAGUUUUUGAUUAUGGAACUUACCUAUAAACAAGGGUACUCACUCCAACCAUUUCAUUUCAGAAAUCAAAGCAUUAGGUUUCCACCUUCACUAAGCUUCUCGCUUAAAUUCCAAGGGCAAUCAAAACUCAGGAGGGUUGUUAAAAUGUCAGCAACUGAAGUCACGAAUUCGAGGAUCUCAUACGAGUCCUUUGCAAUAAAGCCUCCCUUGCACCCUACUUAUGAUUUGAAGGGCAUUAUCAAGUUGGCCCUUGCAGAAGAUGCCGGGGAUCGAGGUGAUAUAACAUGCAUGGCGACUAUUCCAUUUGACAUGGAAGUGGAAGCUUAUUUCUUGGCAAAGGAGGAUGGCAUCGUUGCUGGAAUUGCACUUGCGGAGAUGAUAUUUAAUGAGGUUGAUCCUUCUUUAAAGGUGGAGUGGUCUAAAAAAGAUGGAGAUUUUGUCCAUAAAGGACUACAGUUUGGAAAAGUUUAUGGACGGGCGCAUAACAUAGUUGUAGCUGAAAGGGUAGUGCUAAACUUUAUGCAGAGGAUGAGUGGCAUUGCAACUUUAACCAAGGCAAUGGCAAAUGCUGCAUCCCCCGCAUAUAUAUUGGAGACUAGAAAAACUGCUCCGUGUUUACGUUUAUUGGACAAGUGGGCGGUCUGCACUCUGAACCACUUCCUUGCAUUUAUUAAUGACUAUUUAUUUAUAUUUUUACAUAUACAAUAUACUCAAAAAGCAUUUGUAGAUUUCCUUCUGCAGGUAUUAAUCGGAGGAGGUCGAAAUCAUAGGAUGGGUUUGUUUGACAUGGUUAUGAUAAAAGAUAAUCAUAUAUCAACAGCUGGAGGUGUUACAAAUGCCCUCAAAGCUGUUGACUUGUAUCUAGAGAAAAAUAACCUUCAAUUGGAGGUUGAGGUUGAAACCAGGACUCUUGAGGAAGUGGAAGAAGUAUUACAUUAUGCUUCGCAAACAAAGACUUCUGUAACUCGAAUAAUGUUGGACAAUAUGGUUGUACCGUUACCAAAUGGAGAUGUGGAUAUAUCUAUGCUGAAAGAUGCUGUGCGGUUGGUCAAUGGGAGAUUUGAAACUGAGGCUUCAGGCAAUGUUACUAUAGAUACAGUACAUAAAAUCGGGCAAAGUGGAGUAACCUACAUUUCUAGUGGUUCCUUGACUCAUUCAGUGAAAGCACUUGACAUCUCCCUCAAAAUUGAUACUGAAUUGGCACUGAAAGUUGGAAGGCGCACCGGAAGAGCUUGAUUAUGAUAUUUUCUUCCUUGCUGGUCUUCACUAUGCUGUAUGCAUAUCUUGAAUUGCCUUAUUUUGGAAUCCGAUGUGACCUUCAUAAAGUAACAAAACUCAAUUGGCUAGAUGGUCGCUAGAAUAACUGAGUCCUGUUCCAUCAAUCAGCAUGACAGAAUAAGCAAUAUUUUCAGAAUUGGAACAGUUCAAUGUAAAUAAAUUGGGUUUCUUUGGUGACCAUGUUAGGAUAAACAAAAACUGUUAUGAGUAAGUUAAGAUAUAAGUCUAUUAAAUUUUAUCCUAUUCUAUGUAUGAGUAUGGUAAGCUGUUACUUGUACUAAUGUUUUAUGAAUCUAAUAAUUCGCGGGAUAAUAUGUUA